CAACUUUACACCUGCACGAGUGCCAAGCCUCUGUGGAUAUAUAAGGGAAACCUUCAAGAGGCAUUUCAGAGUUACAGGGAAGAAGCUGAAGAAAAGGAAUUCACCCAGCGCGGUCAGCCAGAAACCGAACCAACCAUGAUUCUCCUCCCUGCCAUUCACUUCUCCGGCUUUCUCCUAGCCUGCGUCUUCAUGAAAAGCUGUUUGGCUUUCAAGAAUGAUGCCACAGAGAUCCUUUAUACACAUGUGGUCAAACCUGUUCCAGCGAGCCCUAGCAGCAACAGCACGCUGAACCAAGCCAGAAACGGAGGCAGGCAUUACGGCAACACUGGAUUAGAUCGUAACAAUCGCGUUCAAGUUGGCUGCCGGGAACUGAGAUCCACCAAGUACAUUUCAGAUGGGCAGUGUACCAGUAUAAAUCCUUUGAAAGAGCUUGUGUGUGCUGGUGAGUGCCUCCCUUUGCCAGUGCUCCCCAACUGGAUUGGAGGAGGUUAUGGAACCAAGUACUGGAGCAGAAGGAGCUCCCAAGAGUGGAGAUGUGUCAAUGACAAAACUCGCACACAGAGGAUCCAGCUCCAGUGUCAAGAUGGAAGUACAAGAACCUACAAAAUAACAGUGGUCACGGCCUGUAAAUGCAAGAGGUACACCAGGCAGCACAACGAGUCCAGCCAUAAUUUUGAGGGAACCUCUCAGGCAAAGCCCACCCAGCAUCACAAAGAGAGAAAAAGAGCCAGUAAAUCCAGCAAGCACAGCUCAAGUUAGAAGUCAGGCAACUGUUCCCCCAAAACUGAACUCAUCUGUAACCAUCUUCUUUACAGAUCUGACUGCUUAAAAGACAAGUCUGCCAUUGCUGUAUUCUCACCUGAUGGUGCAUUGCUUUGAUCAAGCUCAAAACAGCAUUCUGUGCAUAUGGACCUUUUUGGUGAUUUUCCAAAUGCUCCAGAUGGGCAGUACCACAAGCCUUCCAACCCCACACAAUGAAGUCUUACAUUUUUUUGAGGUGUGGAGGCAAAGAAUUGUUCCCAUGAACAUUCACUGAAAUUUUAUUUUUUAGAAAGGUGCUUUGUUGUGAAUUUUCACAGGAACAGUUGAUUAGCAAAUGUCUCUUGCCUUCCGAAUAAUAUUUUAUGAACUUUUGACACAUCUGCUUAAAAGCAGCAACCAGUAACUGUUGUCAGUUUCAUUCUAACAAAACAAUACCUUGCAUGCUGAUCUUUUUCUUCUAUCUACCAAAAACUAAAAUAUGCAUGGCAGCAAUUGAAAAGUAAAGCCGAAUAAACUAUUUAUUUGUCACUGUAAUUAUUUAAUGAGCUUUUUACAUGUAAUUUUUUUUCAAAAUGUUCAUCUUAUGUUUUAUAGCUUUUUCCAUGUAUCAAAGUAUUUUCCUAUGAUUUGUGACUGGAUUAGAAUAUACAUUUUGUAGAUAAUGUGAAAUAGAUGUUUUAGCAUUCUUGGUACAUAUAUAUAUUUCAUUCUGAACAUUAAUAGUUUGGGGUUUUAUUUUGCAAGUAACAUUUUAAAAAC